UAUAUCGCUGUAGAACUGUGCACGCCGAAAACAGUGGAGUUUUCUUGAUUACCAUUUUCCGAAGAACUCUUGAAAUUAUCCUAAAAAAACCCAAACAACAAUGACUGAGGAGCAGAAGAAUGCCCAGCUGGAUGACCUGCAGCGCCAACUGCUGGAUCGGCUGGCCAAGAACGACACCAGUGGAUUCAAACAGCUGCUGGUCGGCUGCAAUAACGUGAACUUCGUGGACGACAGUGGGAUGUCUUGUUUGGCCCACGCCAGCUUCAAGGGAAACCGCGAGGCGGUCCAGCUGCUCCUGGAUAUGGGUGCCGACAUAAACCUGAAUCAACAUGGAGCUGACUACACGCCUCUGCAUUUUGCUGCUCUAUCUGGUAAUACCCACGUUUGCCGGCAACUUCUGGAUGCAGGUAUUAAGCCGAGUAGCAUAAACAGUGUCCAGAGGACCGCCGCCCAAAUGGCCGCUUUCGUGGGCAACCACGCCUGCGUGGAGACCAUCAACAACUACGUGACCCGCUCGAGUUUGGAGUACUACACCCAAGUGCACGGCCAGCAGACGGAGCCGCAAAUACCGCCCAGCCUACUGAAUUCCUUCCAUGCCUUCGUCACCGAAAUCAACCUGCAUCCUGUGAGGAUUGCCCUUAAUGUGCAGUCGUUGGGACUGCUCAGAAUCCUAACGAACCUGCGAAAAACGCUCGCUUUGAUGUGCGAGAAGGAGAUGCAGAAGACACAUGACCUCAACGAACUGCUGGCCUUCAAGUUCCAUUAUCAGGGUUGGAUUCUGGCCGAACUGAUACGCUGCGAGGAGCAGUUCAAGGCUCAGCACAAGGAGAAAAGCGGCGAGGAGGCCGGCGAGGCCAACAAGAACGACUUCAUCGAGAUGUUCGUGAAGCGGGUGCUCAAGGAGAACAAGCUGGGCCAGCUGGACUAUGUGGAAUAUACGUUAAGGGAGUGCGCUCGGGAGUUUCCUGUGCGGGAGUGCACCAUCUUCCGGCAAAUCGCCACGCAACUGGGCGCCAAGGAUGCCCCGCCAGCUCUGACGAUCCUUAGAAAUGCAAUAAACGGAAUGAGGGGAUUUGUGGACGAAGGCAGCUACUGCAGCACCUGUGGCGCCGAGAAGCCGGACAAGAAGUGCUCCAAGUGCAAAGCGGUGCAGUAUUGCGAUCGGGAGUGCCAACGACUCCACUGGUUUAUGCACAAGAAGAACUGCGCCCGCCUUUUGGCCCAAUCGCAGUCCCAAAAUCAAUCGCAAUCCCAGUCUAAAGGAGCAAUCGACACCGCCGAGCUGCGCGAAGAAUUAUCCAAACUGACUGCGUAAUCCAAUGGCUUCUUUGUAUCGCUAAUAAAUGUACCAUAAAACAAGGAACUAAGCAGUUUCGUGUACUAAGUUAUUGUUAGUACCGCCUGUAAGCUGCAUACACAAAAUAAGCCUCACAGUAGUAAAUAAUAUAAUUUGUAUUACCAGCAUGUAAAGAAUUUGCUAACCGCAAUUGAUUUCCUUAAUUUUCAUUCAAAAAGUGCAACUACAACUGCCCAACAAUUUUACACACAUCAAAAGGCAAAUAAAAGAGUAUAUUAAAAAAUAAA